GAUCCUAGCUGCACAUUUCCUUCUUAUCGCUGUUACGCUGAAGUACUGACUGUCUUCGUGGAGUCCCGGUCCAAAAUUUGACUUUUCCAUAGAAUCUACUGAACGCCCGCCUCUUUGCACAAUGAACAGGCCAGGAACAGGCCCACAACCCCUACGAGGCAUGGCCGGCUUCCCCGCACAACAACAGGCACAAGCUCGAAACGCAGCAUUAGCAACGGCGCGGUUACCGAACGGCAAGAUCGGGAGCGGAGCGAACUGGAACUUCAACUUGCCUGUAAGCGGAACGCCAGGGAUGCAAGGCAGUCAACAACGCAGCAUCGGGACAAUGAGCACAUUCGCUCAAAGCUUAAGUGGAUCCCAGCCCACUACGCCGCUGGAUCUCUCGGACUUCCCCUCGCUAUCCGGCGCGGCUCCACAAUCACAAACCCAAAACCCAAGCCAUAUGGUAUGGGCAAAUGCCAGCCAGCGUGCUAUGCAGCAGACCCCUGUCCAAAGACCGCAACAUGCUACGUCGCAAGCGCCUCAAAGACCACCUCAAACGCAACCCCAACACCCUCAACAGCAAUCUCAGCCCGCACAUGAUGACGUAUUCCCCUCCGGCGCGCAGUUCGCCAAUCGUUUGGAAGAUUUCCGGAAUGGUGGUCAGGGUAUCAGUGGUCAGCUGAGUGCCGGUGGACAGCCGCAGACGGGCAAUAUUGAAGAAUUCCCUCCGCUCGGACGUAAUGCGCCUGCAGACCUUAGUCAGGACCGAAGAGGAUCGCUGAUGCAGGGUGCGGGACUUGGAAACUACAGCAGUGGUAUGCCAUUUUCUGGCGUGAACCAGUCCCAAUCUGCACAAAAUCGCAACAUGAUCGCCGCUUCCAUGAACGGACAAGAACGGAUCAUGUCCCCUGGUGGUGCAAGCUCAACAGGAAUAGACAACUCGCGAUCCCCUGUGAAUCAAGGCUCUAGCAGGCUUCCAGCCCCCGAAAAAGAGGAGGUCAACAGCUCUGUAGCGUCUAAUUCAGCCGGUUACAGUGAACAACCAACAAUCAUGCGACCGCCAGGGUUUCCGGCCACGGGUAAAGAAGCGUCUGCUGGGACUGCGCAAACGGUCGAUCAAUCGCCUUUCGCGGAAAUGAGCGAAUUGGACAAGUUCGGGCUAGCGGGAUUGUUGCGCAUGAUCCAUAGCGAUAAUGCUGAUGUUUCAAGUCUGGCAGUAGGCCAGGAUUUGAUGACGUUAGGGUUGGAUUUGAACCAGCCGGAACCAUUACAUACGUCAUUCGCUUCACCAUUCGUCGCGUCCAUGACAGGCGCCCCUCUGGAGCAAGAUUUCGCGCUUCCUUCAUGCUACAGCGUGGCUAACGUCCAACCGUUGCAAUCGCGGAUUCCGAGUUUUAGUGAUGAAACGCUCUUUUACAUCUUCUACAGCAUGCCCCGAGAUCUCCUACAAGAAGUUGUAGCCGAGGAACUGAUGGGUCGGAAAUGGAGAUAUCACAAGAUCGAGCGGUGCUGGCUGACUCGCGACGAGACGUAUCCCGGCCCUGUUGAUGUGGAACGUGGUGUCAGUGAAAGGGGUGUUUACCUCUUGUGGGAUCCUACCAGCUGGAAGAAGAUCAGACGUGAGUUCAUCCUUCGCUACGAGGAUCUGGACAACCGUAUGGAUCCCAACCGAGGGCUUGCGCGCGUCGGAUUCCCGCACCACGGGUCAUGAAAAUCGACACGGACCAGUCAAGGUGGAAUGGGGUCAGCAACGGCGUUCGGGCUCACUGAUCGUUUCCGUAUACAGUCGCUCUAGAUGUUACUAGUAAUAGCGGAGCACCCGGUGUUCUCUACAAUCUGUGGGAAAGUACCUUAGUACAUAUCUCAACCUCAAUCAAUGACUCCGAUGAUCUGAA